CCUCGCCCCGCCCCCCAACCCUCCGGUGGGCGGGGCCUCUCGCCGCUGCAUCAUCAUGCCCUGAGCCCCGCUGCUUCACAAAGAGAAGAAGAGAAGAAGAAAAACCAUCCGGCCGCCGCUGCUUCAUGUGCGAGUAUCCAUCCUGUCUACACCAGUCAGAAAGCAGCGUGGUUCACAGGGCAAGAAGUUCCACACUCGGGCUUCAUGGAGACCAGGCAGCGUGGAGACAUGACCAGGCAUGGGAAAAUGUCCAGAUGACACAGUCCAAAUAUGCUGACAUAGCAGGCUGAACGGCUCAACACAUCCUUCCUUCUGCCGCCGCCCACUCAUCAUCCGUCCAGCCAUGUUGUUGAGGAGGAAGGUGUGCGUUGCCGUGGUGAUUGCUGCCAUCCUCUUCCUAAUGCUUGCCAGUCAAAGCAUUCAAAAGAGACAUUUCCUGCCUCUGUCCAUAACCCCGGCCAUCAGCCGGGCCACACCCAUCAGCAAGGAGGCGGGCGAGCAGCAGAUAUCAUCACAAGUAAUCGAACCCCCAGCACCUCCUGCUGAUCCGACCCCUGACCCUCCGAAGAACCCCCCUCCUCCCGGCCACCCCGAACAUGAAGACGCGGAGAUGCCUUUAGAGGAGUCCAAGGACAGCACAAGUUCCUGUGGUUGUGUCGAGUCCUGUAUCUCAGACGUGGGGUCGUCGGAGUGGUUCGGACAGCGCUACGACCCCAAACAGCAGCCCAUCCUCCGAGACAGCAACAACAACUUCGACCCUGACGCGCUCAAAUGGUGGCUGAGUCUUCAGCGGUCUGGUAACGGCCAGACAAUAGAGGAAGUGAUGUCGGCGAUGUUCCAGGUCAUUUCCCCGCCUACUGUGGACUUCAAGCCCCUCCCCAACCGCUGUCGUCGGUGCGCAGUGGUCGGCAACUCCGGCAAACUUCGACAGUCUGGAAACGGCAAACUGAUCGAAUCCCACGACUUCAUAAUCAGGAUGAACAAGGCGGUGACUCGAGGGUUUGAGAAAGACGUUGGGAAUCGGACGACGCAUCACUUCCUGUACCCAGAGAGCGCGGUGGACAUCAAACAUGGAGUCAGCCUCGUCCUCCUGCCGUUCAAACUGAGAGACCUGGAGUGGCUGACCAGCGCGCUGUCCACCGGCACGGUGAAAAUGACCUACAUGAGGGUCAGAGAGCGAGUGGAGGCUGAUAAAGACAAGGUUCUGGUGGUGAACCCGGUUUUCUUUAAGUAUGUUAAUGAUCACUGGACCGAGCGCCACGGUCGCUACCCGUCCACCGGCAUGCUGGCCAUCAUCUUUGCUCUGCACAUAUGUGACCAGGUGUCUGUGUUUGGUUACGGUGCCGACCAGCAGGGGAACUGGCAUCACUACUGGGAGGAGAACCGCUACGCUGGAGCCUUCAGGAAGACCGGUGUCCACAGCGCCGACUUCGAAACAGAGGUCAUCCACAAGCUCGACAAGGAGGGAAAGAUCAGUCUGCACCUGUGACGCGACCACUGACCCAAAGACAGGCCUGCAGACAGACUUAAGACACCCACAGAUUGUCGGGAUGACCUGUUGACUGACCAGUCGAUCAUUCACCACUUAAUCGUUGAGACCAAGAACCACCUCGUCUGGUAUCCAGCUGAGUCUGGUUUAUUGCGGCCUUUCGUCUGGCACUGUAUAAAUCCAACAGACGUGACUUGUUUUGGGGGGAUUCGGACACGUGGACAGGAAGCAGACCUGUUUACUUCUUGCACGUCAAUCAUAACAUGCCUGCCUUGAGUUGGACUGAAGCCUCUGUUGUGCAGAGACAUUUUUAAAUACCAGGAUUACCUGUGGAUUGAGCCUUUGGAUGGGAGGGGCUAAACAUGCUGACUCCACCUGGUGGGCGGGGCUUAUAUCCUCCCUGUGCAGUUCCAACUCAUCUUGAACACAAACUGUUUUUUCGGGACCCUCCACUGUUGAAUCAGACGAACCGUCCUGCUGUCUGCGACUGCGGGGAUCGACCACCCAAGUUUUGCUUUGGUCGGGAAAUAAUCACAGACUUUUUAUAUAUUUUUUAUUGAAUUUUAUAGACCUUAUAUGGGGAUAACCUCUUUUUUUAAUCAAAGCACUUUGCCCUGAAGAAGAAAUGGAACAGAGGGGCCAUAUUGUUGCUUCUCUGUCCAGCCACGGUGUAAGACUGUUUAAUUUCAUAUCAUUUAUAAUCCAUCCAUUUAUUUCAUCUGAAACCGUCCUCUGGAGAAUGUUUCUGUCCCGAAAGACUGUAAAGGGAGUAGGGACACAAAGUUUUUAAGUUUUCACCAAUGAUACUUCCUGUCUCGAUCAUAUAUGGAGCUGGAGGCAGUGAGUGGGAGGAGCCUGUGUGAGGUUCUCAGCCUGUGUUUAAGCUUUUCACGUGCUCUGCGAUGACUCGACAGUCUGCAAGUUUACAGCAGAUACCACUGAUAUGACGGGAAGUUUUGGUUUUAGUAUUUGAUGCUUUGACUCAUUUUUCAGCUCCGGUAUUCUUCAAAGUUAAUGUGAGCGACAAAAUUAAACUCAACAUCAUCACUGAGGAUCUGACUCGGUGAGUAAAGCUGCAGACGGUUGAACUUCGUGGACAGACGUGAUGUUACUCCUGUCGAGUGACAAAGACGAGGAGAUCGUGCACGAAUUUUAACUAAAGAUUUAUUUAACAAAACUUAACAAGGACAAAUUCAAACAAUCAGUAACAUCACCUGUGUGUGUGUGUGUGUGUGUGUGUUGCACGAAUGAAUGGAAGAUGUAGUGCAAUGUACUAAAGUCCAACCAAAAAUAACCAACCAUAUGAAAGAAGAGAGACUGAACGGUCCAGCAGGUAGCAGAGGAGUCUGUCGGCUGUCUGCUGGACUUACAGGUGGAGGGACGUCUGUCGCACCUGCACUGUGAAUGUACACACUGUUGCUGAUUGUCAAUCACAGUCGUCUGAAUGCGUGUGUGGCUUCGUUUAGACGAUGAGGAGUUUCGAGACGUUUUCACACUGAUCGAGUCUGAACCUGAGUUGGAUCACUCGUCUUAGAACAACUGUUUUCUCUCAGCUGUGUUCUGUUGUUCCUCCCGUUGUUUGGACUGCCGUUAUAACGCAGCACAUGCAGAAGCAAGCGAGGUCAGCAGCAGACUUUAAACAAACACAGACGUUCAGCACGUUUGCAACAGAAACACGGCGUCUUUCAAAUUAUCAUUAAGUUAUAAUGCGUUACAUUAAUUUUCCCAUAGUUUGGGUCUUCAAAACUAACUUUGAAUUAUCGUUUUUGAGGUGAAAUUUUCUUUUCAAAAUGACCACAGAUGUGAGCUGAACCGUCUUCAUCGUCCUGAAAUGAUCCGUUCUUCAGAAGCUUGUUCAGCUGUUUGACCUGGUGCACUAGUCAGCUGCAUCUUGUAUCUUGUAUAAUGUGCCUUUGCUGGAAAUGUUAGCAAAUGUUACUGUUUCUUUGGAGGGAAAAGUAACAUAAAUAUAUAGAGUACUGCGUCUACAUUCAUAGAUUGUAUUUUUAAUAGGAAGAUAAUCUGGCGUUGACCAGCUGUGAGUUAGCCUGACUCCAGCCGUGCUAUGAAGCCAGUUUGACAUAGUGUUCAGCUAAAACAUCACACAUUGCACUCGGGACCCUAAAAAUACCUUUUCCCCAGAAACUUUCGUUAAGUAAGAGGCGGCAGUAAAUCAUUGGAUAAAUAUUUUUGAAACGAUGGAGUGCAAGAGAGCCAAACGAAAAAAACCAAGCAAAUAAAAACAGCAUGUUCAAAGAUGUAAUCUUGACAUUUAAGGUGUGCUGAUGGAUUAACGACGAGUGAAUCAGUAACGUGCAAGAAAAUGUUCCACCUUGAAAGAUCCUGGUAGUCUUUCAUUGACUAAUAAUAGCAGCAUAGGGAAGCUCAUCUUUGUUUGGCUUCAUGCACCACUGAGCAGUUAACAUAGGAAUGAACGAGGUCUCGCUGGUGUGUACAGAAGAAAGUACACAAGCAACGUUUUUAUUGUAGCUGCUUGUCAACCUGUGCACUGUAACCUUGUUUUUCUGCUUUAAGCUCAAACUGCAGUUUCUUAUCUCUCUUGAACAUUGGAUUUGAGGUUUUCUUGUGGACUUAGACAAUUUGGUUUUUGACUUUUGAUCUGAGACGGUUACUUUCAGGUCGACUCGGGAAGUUAAUGACUUUACAGAAGUUGUGGUGAUCCAGAUUCAGACCAGUCUGCCAGUGUGAAACCGCCGAGGAAAGAGCUCAGUCGGCUUCAAAUAAACUCGCUGGGACGAUGUCUGACGAGUCGGGGAAAGAACUAGUUUGUAUGAAGUGUCGUGUGCCCAUGUCUGAAGGCAGAAGUGUUUAUAGUUGUUCCGAACAGACGCACUGGAAAGCUGAGUGGGAAGGCUGCAGUCACGGACUCCUCCUGGCUGCUUCCCACCACCUCCCUGAUCUCCGUCCAACAACUCUGCGUCUCUGUGGCCAAGAUUCGUACAAUUGGGAAUAACAGAGCAGACUCUCAGACAGUUUCUCCUCGGUGUGAUUAAAAACUGUCAGAAGCAGCUGUCGCAGAGGGAUCUUUCAGACGCUGUUAGACGAUCCUACCAGCACUUCUUUUGAAGCAGACUGAGGCCUCUAUAAAUAAUCCUAAAUGCUGAAUCAUUUUCUGGAGGCUGCUGCUCUGUCGUUGGCUCGGCUUGAAGCUUAACCCCGUUUGUCUGGAACAAGUCGCACGUUCUCUUUAAAAACCUGAACGCUGAGUCAUCAUAAGCUGUGGUUUAAUCUGAAACAUCUGCUGCUGCACGGUUUUAUAGUUUUCAUUCACUGCUGAGAUUUAACACUUUGUUGGCUUUUCCGGGGGGGGGGGGACCUGCUGGUAAACUGGGAAAUGAUCCACUUUAUGAGGAGCGUCCAGCCACUAAAUGACAGAGCAGCAGCCCGUUUGGAGCCCUGAGCUGGACUUAACAUCUGGAUGCAAGAUUUUGGAAUCUGCAGACGAAGUCAUCGUAGUAGAAAGAUUUACUUCCUCGCACUGAAAAAUAAUUGUUUGUUGUGAGUAUAAAUCCAAAGCUGUGCUUGUUAGAUUCCCUGCAGUCUGGAAAUGUCAAGUUUUAUUUCCUUUUAAGAAUGCAGGAAGGUGCAGAUUAAAUAAAAUCAACCAAUCAGCUGCUGGUAAUUCCGUUAUAAACGAUUGUUUGUGAUCUGUAUAUUUAGAUCAGUGGAACAAAAGAAAAAAAACUAACCAAACGAGAUGUUUGUAUGAUGUAUGUUCAGUUAUCAUAGCUUUAAUUCAGCUCAUCAUGUUUAAACUGUGACUGUCUUUUGAUUUUAAGAGAAAGAAAUGUUAAAUUCACUUAACAGACAACCUGCUGAUAUCAGUUCAUUCAUCACAUCAUUCAUUCAUAGUUGCCAAACAGACAGAAGCACUGUGAUAUUUCAACACAACAUGAACCCACAGCUGUCACUUUGAAAUAAAUAAAAAUAAAAAAAUACGAAACAGAAAA